AUGUCGCAACAUCGGACACCGCGGUCACAAUUGCGCCGGCAAAGGCCAUCGACUUACCAUACUUCCUUCUCAACGAGACUGUGUCUGCUGCUCAUAUCGAUAAUCCUAAUAUUUUAUACACCCGUCAAUGCCGCUGUCAUUUCGAUCCGAUCUUCUGAGGCGGCGAUCUCGAGCGGCGUUGCCGAUUCAGCUAGAGAGAGGGAGAUCACCGUUGAUCGCCAGAGGUCAUCCCCACUUCACUCAAGUGUGGAGGAAAUUCAAGCAACGGCAGACAACAAUGAUCUAGAAGAUCGCCCUGAGGAGAGAUACAAUAUCGCACUGCCAGAGAAACACAUCAAGAGAGCGGACUCAUCGCAAAUCUCGAGCAGGUCUACAUACAGCACAUCUCUAGAGUCCGAGUCCUUCCCAACUCCUUUCGACGGUGCCACUUUUGGCAGCAACUUUACCAGCGAUAGCUGUCCGGUGUUCUUUGAGAAUUUCCUCAAAAAUUCGACCAUCACUUCUUGCCAUGCUGUCUCCCUGCUACUUCAAAAUUCCCAGUCUUGGUUCCACUCCCUGAGCUCAGCGGCCGCCAUCUCCAAUAACCUCGACAUCGCAUGCUCUGCUCCCAUGGUCCUCUGUACGGACAUCCUGGCAGACCUUGCCUCACGGCUCAUCAGCGACGAUGCCUGCGGUAAGGACUAUAAGCAGGGAAAUCCACUCGUGGCGAACGCCUACGCGGGCAUGAUUGCUUACCAGCCCAUGUACCGCGCAACAUGUCUAAAGGAUCCCUCUACCAACAGCUAUUGCCUCUCGGAGGCGAUUCUCAACUCGACCUCUAUCACAGACUAUUCUAUCUACUUUCUGCCUCUGGGUAUGAACCUCCCAGCGUCAGGCCGCGCCACCUGCAACGCCUGUCUGGAGGCCACGAUGCAGGUUUUCAGUGAAGCCAGUGAGUCUGAAGGCCAGCCGCUCACCAAGACAUACAUUCCCGCGGCCGAGCAGCUGAAUCUGGGCUGUGGUCCCAAUUACAUUAAUACUACAAUCCCCAUCGGUUCCAAACAGGCCAUUGGAGCAGGUAGUCUGAUAAGCCCGAAUAUGCCGCUCGUCAGCUACGGCUUUGCUUUUAUGCUCGGCAUGUGGCUGUUGGGUAUCCUUUGA